CUCUCUCUCUGAUAUCAUUUGUGGUAUAUUCGGUUGCUAUGGGAACCCUAAGAAAGAAGUGAGUGUACCCUUCAAGACUUCAGCAUUUUCCCUCCUCCCUCCCUCCUGCUUUCCCCUCCCUCUCUUCCUCUCCUCCUCUCCUCUCCCUCCCUCUCUCCCCCUCGCCUCCUGGCAGAGGAGAGGACUUAGGAGAGGAGCUGCGCUGCCGCUGUGCUGGGCCAGGACCCAGGACCCCAUUGCCAGUUCUGCUUUGGCGGCUGCCCAGGGACCUCCCGGAGACCCAGGCCAGGGACUGCUGUGCUGGCUGCAGGGCCCCUUUCCUUUGCCCGCAGACGUCUGAGCAGAGACGACUGGCCACCCUGAGCGCAAUUCAAUUCAACAGACAUUUACUGAGUGCCUACUAUGCGCCAGGCCUUAGGCUAGGCACUGGGGUGGGGGGUGCAGAGAGGAAAGUGGGGCCCGGUCCUCAGGUAGCUCUGGGUUUGGGGUUGGGGGGCAUGGAGAGACAGUCCAGGGCCCAACAGCUUGGCACUGGGGGAGGAGCGGUGUGGAAGGCUAGGGGCAGCAGAGACAAGGGUUUCAGUGCAUUACUGGAGAGCUGCUUUUCCUUGUCUGUGCCUCAGUUUCCCCACCUGUAAAAUGGGAGGAGGUGAGGUGGAGAGAUGAUUUCUAGGAGCCUUUCAGGAUUCCACAGGCCGUGCAUGCAUCACAGGGGUGGGAACAGAGCAGGGAGGCCAUCACUCUGCAGAGGAGAUGUCUCUGGAGGCUUCUGAGAGGGCGAGGUAUAAGAUUGAGACCUCAGGGGGCCCUACAGGUGGCCUUGGCUCCCCAGGCUCAGGAACUGCAUAAGCAGAGGCCUGAAAGACAGGAAGAGGGCAUCCCCGAAACCUCACAGGGUCAUGAAGGGAUAGGGUAAGGUAUGAGCUUAGAGAGGGGCUUGAGAGCCACAAGGUAGGGCAUGAGCGCUAUUCUGGGGCAGUGGGAGCCAUGGAAGGCUGUUGAGGGAGAGCCAGAAACAGUUGGUCCUGGGCAGCCCCUGCCUUCCCUGGGGUACAUUACCCUAGGGCCCUGCAGCCGUGUGGCCCUGGCAUUGUCAGCACUGAGCUGGCCACUUUCCACCUUAGUCCUCAUGCAGCCCCAUCAGCGACAUUACUGGACCCCAUUCACAGAAGGGGACACUGAGGCUCAGAGAGGGAAGCUUCUUGCCUAAGGUCAUGAUGCAAGCCCCGACCCCCAUGCCAAAGAGGUCUCUGCUCUGUGUAAGCUCAUCCAUCCUGCCCACCCCAAAGGCCUGAGGUGCCUGCCAGAGUUGAGUUUGGGGUGAGGGUAGGAAGCUCCCAAAUGUUGUUAGCAGGGCCGGCUUUCUCUAGGACCUGAGCUCCUUCCCACUUUACAGACGGACAGAUUGAGGGCCUGAGAGUCACAUUGCUGGGCCAGGGUUGAACUUGAGCAACCAACAGCAUAGGGUGGGAGCCUGUCUCCUCAUCAUCUAACUGAGGCUGGGGGCCUCAAGUCCUUGAGACCUGUGCAGAAGCCGACACCCAAGGCCCUGCCCAGGAAGUGGGAAGAGCUGGUAUUGGCGUCACAGACCAUUGUUCAAAUCCUGACUUUGUCUUGGAUGAGCUGUGUGAUGGUGCGCAAGUCAUGAAGUACUCUGGGCCUCGGUUUCUUUAUCUGUACCAGGGAGGACGGGCCUCUCCAUUCCCUCAUUAACACACAUUUAUUGAGCACCUACUGGGGGCCUGGUGCCAGGCCCUUCCCUGGGGGAAACUGUAGUUAUGGAUCCCCAGUGAGGAGGGAGACCAGGGGCUGUGGGAGCCCAGCCAGGUGAGGGCAGGACAGGAGGCAGGUGCCAGCUCCCGCAGGACCAUGUGGGUGGGCUCUGGAUGCGUUGGAAUUUUCCCGGAUCAGCCAGGAGUGCCAUGCUCAGUCUCAGGGUGUAGAAAGCUUCUCCUUGCAGGGUGAGGGGCGGGUGCAGUUGGGCCAUAGGAUCAGAAGCAGAGAGCCUGGUGAGGUGCUGGAAAGGGGGCAGAACCAGAGCAGGCACAGUGGCCCGGUGGGUACAGAGCCCUCCCAGGUGUGGGCACUGGGUGGAUGAUGGGUCUGGGGCUGGAGAGAAGCCUGUUAGGGGCAGAUGGGCAGUGUGGGCUGGGUGUCCAGGCCUAGCUGUGGUGGGGGUGAUGGGUGGAGUUCUAGGUGCCCGGAGGAGCCAGGGGACAGUAGGGACAUGGUUGUUUGGUUGUGGUCAGCUUGAGGCUGAUAGAGGAGCCCCCCCUGGGGGUCUGAGAUGGUCAUAGGGGAGGCAGGUAUGAGCAGAGCUGGGAGCUGGGCCCAGGACCUCCAGGAGGGCCAUGCUUAGAGACAGGGAACAGGGGAAAGACGGGUUCAGGUCCUCGACCCAGGGUGAUAGCACUUCUAGGAGGAAGGUGGUGGGCUUAGGUCUUCCAGAGAUCCUGAAUUCCAGGAGUUGUGGGAGGUGGCGGGAGGGUCCAGCCCCUGGCUUUUCCCGGAAGUCAGGACCUAAGUCAUCCCAAGAAAGAGGAGGCCCCAGAGGGGGAAGGUGUUUGUGAAGGAGGGAAAAAUAUUUGCAUGCAUAACAAGGCUGAAGUGAGGGAGAGAAAAAGGGGGAGAGAGAGAGAGAGAGAGAGAGAUGAAAAGAAAUUACCAUACAUCAGGAUCUUGUUAUUCAACCUAAUUUUCAAAGGACCACAGCUGUCGCACUGAGAUAAUCCGUUAAUUAUAACAGCCAUUGUGCUUUGGCAAUGGGAGAGAAACCGAGGCCGGGAACAGGCUGAAGGCGGGGGGAGGGAGCAGGCUUUUGAGGGGCCUGGACCUCAGAGAGGGGGUAGGGACAGAGGCAAAAGGGUGUGCUGCUCGGAGCCAGGCCUCAGCCUUGCUCACUGUUAUGUGAAAGCUGUGCAUCGAGGCCCUGCACGUGCCAGGCAUGUCCCACACUCCUGGAAGGGGCCCUUGAGGAUAUCUGCAGCAGCUGACUUUACUGAGCAGUUAUUGUGUGCCAGACCCUGCUCUGUGGCUGUUCCCUCUAGCUAGUGCCCUUCUUGCCCAUUUUACAGGAGAGGACACUGAGAUUCAGGGGAAGGAAGCAGCUUGCCAGAGCCAUGGCUAAAUGGGGAGCCUGGAUUGGAGGGGAUGUGGCCCCUCCCCUUCCAGGAGCUCCUAAGUUGGAUUGGCCACCAGGAGUUGGUGGACACGGAAGCUGCCAUCGUUCAGGGCCCUCUGUUCUGCCCAGCCAGCCAUCGCCAGUCACUGGUGGCCCUCCCCCAGCAUUUCCAAAGCUUGAGGGAGCCCCUGGCCCUGACAGAGCCUCCUUGUUCUCAGAGCAGCAGCUGCAGCCUCCAUUUGGGGUGGCUCCCGCCCUCCAGGGCAUCAGUCUCAGGGCCUAGGAGAGAAUUUCCCACUGGCCAGCGGCCUCCGUGCUGACCCCUUGUGACUGACCCUAAUUGGAGGUGGUGAGGAGACAGAAAGUUAUGGGGCUGCAGCCCUGUGAGGGGUUUCUCAGCCUGGCCCACAGGGCUCCAGGGCGUAGGGUGCUGAGGCCUGGUGGAAGAAUAAGGGCACAGGCAGCUUGAGGGAUGGUGAAGCACAGGGCCAUCCCAGAACCCCCAGAGCGCUUCCGUGUGGGCUGUGCUCAGCAGCCAGGCCUCAGGCCUUCGGGGGCCUGGAGUGCAGCAAAAACCACAGGCAGGUCUUCCUGUUUCUGUUCAGACCCAGCAGGGGCCCCAGAUUUGACCCAGGCAGUGUUGUUGGGGUUUAGGGGAGCAGUGGGCCCUGCACAGUGCCAGACAAGUCUGGAGGCCCUGGGGGUGUUCUCCUGACUGACUUGGGGUCCUCACCCCCGUAGGCCUGCUCAGAGCCUGGGGGAGCUUAAGACCAUGGAGAAUUGUGACCUCUCCCAGAGGCCUGGACUCAGCAGCAUUCAUAGAUACAUGAUACAUCCUACCUCCUCUCAAGAACCAGACCUCUAAAAAGAAUCAGGGACCCCUAAAAACAAAAGACCCAUGCUGUCAGUGUCCCAGAGUUCGAAAGUCAGAGCCGUCAACCAGGCAGGAUGGAAGUGGGCUGGGGAGAUUGUGGCCCCUUGGGUCCCAGAACAGGAGGCUCAUGGAAUCCCCCAUGCAGGUGGGGAUUUAGUUGUCCACACUCUGCAGGUCCCCAGGAGCCAGGACACCCCACUCCAGGGAGCCGGGGUGAAGGACGGGGCCCCUGCUCUGCCCUGCACAGUGCAGACCCAGGGCAGCCACAGCUUAUUCCGGAAAGGGGGAUUUAAAAAAUAACACUUCCCAAGUUUCCAAUAUUGGCACUAACAAAAAAUGAAAAAUGUAAUCCUUGUCCCAAUCUGACAGGGUGCCCCAGCAUCUUGUGAGCCAGAGCCUGAUGCUUCCUGUCUGUGGAGGGGAAGCCACCACGUAGCAGUUGGAAGACCUCAGUUUCUUCAUCUGUAAAGUGGGGAUAGUGAUAGCUCUGACUCCAGGGCUGUGCUGAGGACUGAGUGGACACAGGAACUGGGAAGCGCCUAGGCCCCUUGGAGAGCUGUCUUGCUCUCCCGCUGCUCCCUGGAGCCUUUGAGGUCAGCGAGCUCCCUGCCCAGAGCCCCCUUCUCCGGUGGGCCCUGACUUGCUUCUCUGCCUGGGGACGGCCCAGAGGGUGUGGGAAGGCAGGGAACUGCCACGAAGGACGCUGGAGGAGGAGCAGCUGGCGGAGGCAGGGCUGGGGGGUGGGCCUAGCCGGUGCCUGGUACAUAGUAGGUGCUCCAUAAAUGUUUAUUGAAUGAAUGAAUGGAGGCCAUGCAGGCAGAGGCAGCCGUGCGUGCACAGGCACUGGUGAAAGCGGGUCCAGUGGAGACUGGAACCAGGUGACAGAUGGGUCUCUUCCUUCCUGUCCUCGUCUCUCUGCUCUCCUCCAGAGCUGCACCCUGCUCUCCCGUGGGAACCGUCUGAAGUUCUGAGCCCAGAGCUGAAAGAGGAGGAGGAAGAAGAGGAGGAGGAGGAGGAGGAGGAGGAAGAGGAGGAGGGAGAGGAAGUCUGGCCCUGAGACCCUGUGCACCUUCGCAGCAGGAGUUGAGGAGCACCUUGGGGAGCUGACUGUGGGCCCCACACCUCAGCCAGGCCUGGUGCCUGCUUAUAGACCCUUGGAAAGCUCCCAGCAGUUGGCACCGGCCGUGCCUAUCUUGCUUGGGAUCCCCAUGCCGGGGGUCGCCCCCAAGAUGGUGGCGGCCCCGGGGAGGACUGUGCUGCUAGCCCCAGCCUCUGGCCUCUAGAUCCCUGUGCUCCGGCCCCUCACCCCUGCCUGGCUGCCAGGGGGCUGAGGCCCGCACCAUGCUGCGCCUGGGGCUAUGUGCUGCAGCGCUGCUGUGCGUGUGCCGGCCGGGUGCAGUGCGCGCAGACUGCUGGCUCAUCGAGGGGGACAAGGGCUACGUGUGGCUGGCCAUCUGCAGCCAGAACCAGCCGCCCUACGAGACCAUCCCGCAGCACAUCAACAGCACUGUGCAUGACCUGCGGCUGAAUGAGAACAAGCUCAAGGCUGUGCUCUACUCCUCGCUCAACCGCUUUGGGAACCUCACCGACCUCAACCUCACCAAGAACGAGAUUUCCUACAUCGAGGAUGGCGCUUUCCUGGGCCAGUCGAGCCUGCAGGUCCUGCAGCUGGGAUACAACCGGCUCAGCAACCUGACAGAGGGCAUGCUGCGAGGCAUGAGCCGCCUGCAGUUCCUCUUCGUGCAGCACAACCUCAUUGAGGUGGUCAGCCCCACCGCCUUCUCCGAGUGCCCGAGCCUCAUCAGCAUCGACCUGUCCUCCAACCGUCUCAGCCGCCUGGACGGCGCCACCUUCGCCAGCCUGGCCAGCCUGAUGGUGUGUGAGCUGGCCGGCAACCCUUUCAACUGCGAGUGUGACCUCUUUGGCUUCCUCGCCUGGCUCGUGGUCUUCAACAAUGUCACCAAGAACUACGACCGCCUGCAGUGCGAGUCUCCUCGGGAGUUUGCCGGCUACCCACUGCUGGUGCCCCGGCCCUACCACAGCCUCAAUGCCAUCACCGUCCUGCAGGCCAAAUGCCGAAAUGGCUCGCUGCCUGCCCGGCCUGUGAGCCACCCCACGCCCUACUCCACCGACGCCCAGCGGGAACCAGAUGAGAACUCGGGCUUCAACCCUGACGAGAUCCUUUCGGUGGAGCCGCCGGCCUCGUCCACCACAGAUGCGACCACAGGGCCUGCCAUUAAGCUGCAUCAUGUGACUUUCACCUCGGCCACCCUGGUGGUCAUUAUCCCACACCCCUACAGCAAGAUGUAUGUCCUGGUCCAGUACAACAACAGCUACUUCUCUGACGUCAUGACGCUCAAGAACAAGAAGGAGAUCGUGACGCUGGACAAGCUUCGGGCGCACACCGAAUACACCUUCUGUGUGACCUCACUGCGCAACAGCCGUCGCUUCAACCACACCUGCCUGACCUUCACCACCCGGGACCCUGUGCCCGGCGACCUGGCGCCCAGCACCUCCACCACCACGCACUACAUCAUGACCAUCCUGGGCUGCCUCUUCGGCAUGGUCAUUGUGCUGGGUGCCGUCUACUACUGCCUACGCAAGCGGCGCAUGCAGGAGGAGAAGCAGAAGUCCGUCAACGUCAAGAAGACCAUCCUGGAGAUGCGCUACGGUGCCGAUGUGGACGCGGGCUCCAUCGUCCAUGCCGCCCAGAAGCUGGGGGAGCCCCCUGUGUUGCCUGUGGCCCGAAUGUCCUCCAUCCCGUCCAUGAUUGGCGAGAAGCUACCCACCUCCAAGGGGCUGGAGGCUGGGCUGGACACGCCCAAGGGGGCCACCAAAGGCAACUAUAUUGAGGUGCGCACGGGUGCUGGGGGCGAUGGACUGGCUCGGCCCGCGGAUGACCUCCCAGACCUUGAGAAUGGCCAGGGCUCGGCUGCUGAGAUCUCCACCAUCGCCAAGGAGGUUGACAAGGUGAACCAGAUCAUUAACAACUGCAUCGAUGCCCUCAAACUGGACUCGGCCUCUUUCCUGGGGGGCAGCAGUGGUGGUGGGGACCCUGAGCUGGCCUUUGAGUGCCAGUCUCUCCCUGCGGCCACUGCCACCUCCACAGCUGCCGCACCUGGGGCGUUGGAGCGGCCCAGCUUCCUCUCCCCGCCCUAUAAAGAAAGCUCCCACCACCCACUGCAGCGCCAGCUCAGCGCUGAUGCCGCCGUCACCCGCAAGACCUGCAGCGUGUCGUCCAGUGGCUCCAUCAAGAGCGCUAAGGUCUUCAGCCUGGACGUGCCUGAUCACCCGGCCGCCUCGGGGCUGGCCAAGGGUGACUCCAAGUAUAUCGAGAAGGGCAGCCCACUCAACAGCCCGCUGGACCGGCUCCCGCUGGUGCCCACGGGCAGCAGCGGGGGCAGCAGCGGGGGUGGGGGCAUCCACCACCUGGAGGUGAAGCCUGCCUAUCACUGCAGCGAGCACCGCCACAGCUUCCCUGCGCUCUACUACGAGGAGGGCCCUGACAGUCUCAGCCAGCGCGUGUCCUUCCUCAAGCCGCUGACCCGCUCCAAGCGAGACUCCACCUACUCGCAGCUCUCCCCCAGACACUACUACUCAGGGUACUCCUCCAGCCCUGAGUACUCCUCUGAGAGCACACACAGGAUCUGGGAGCGCUUCCGACCCUACAAGAAGCACCACCGUGAGGAGGUGUACAUGGCUGCUGGCCACGCCCUGCGCAAGAAGGUCCAGUUCGCCAAGGACGAGGACCUGCAUGACAUCCUCGAUUACUGGAAGGGGGUCUCGGCCCAGCAGAAGCUGUGACCCUCUCCUCCCUGGUGAGGCUGGAGGGGGAGGGCCGGGGCACUCGGGAAGGGCCCUGGGUGGCCAAGCGGGGCAGUGCACUGAGGGCCAGGGCCUCGGAGUGGACGCACAUGCACACCCGCACGCACGCACCAUGCACACACACCUGACCACCACCUGACUGUGAACCAACCAACACCCGACAAUAAUGGACAGGAAAACGAAGACACGUUUUCCUUAAAGUUUACAAACUGAUACCGAAACCAGGCGUCUUUACUGUGCUGCCCAGGGACUCUGCCGGGGUGUAUGGGGCUGGGGACAGGGACAGGCGACGGGGAAGCCAGGAGAAUGUGGGGCCGGGGGAGCUGGGACUAGAGACGGGAUUGGGGACCAAGGAGACUGAGGUAGAGCUGGACUGAAGCCCCCAAGAUGGGGAUCAGGUCACCGGAUGGACAUUAUUUCCUUCCUCUUGGAUGGCCCAGGGAAAAGAAGUGGUAAUCCCUUGGGUCACACAGCAGAUUAGUCUCAGGCUCCUGCCUUCCCAGCCCAGUGCUGCCCCUGCCCGACUGCUCCCCUGGGCCCCUCAGCUGGUCCACUCAUCGCCCCAUCCAAAGCUGAGGUCCCUUGGGGCUGAGGGAUUCGAGAAUCAGGCAGGUGCUUUUCCUCCCUCGCAAGCCCAUGGACGUGCCCUCAGGGUCGGGCUGCGGCUCCUAACCCUAUGGGGUCCCCAGUAGGAAGGGAGCAGAGGCAAGGACAGGCCACCAACCUCCUUCAAGUGUCUUCCACGUAGCCCGGGAGCUGCCUGGGGGUGGGCGGGGGCAGACCAGCUCCCAUGGCAUCUCAGGUGCAGGCUCCACACCCCGGGCCCCCAGCUUCUCUGGGCCUAGGGGGACCCCUACCCACCCAGAGGGACGACAGUGAAGUGUGAUGCCUGGGGGCAGUAGGGAGGUGAUAGAAUGGUGGGGGGCUUCCCGUCUGCACCCUGCAUCCUAGCCCCGCCUGGCCCCCUCUGUGGGGUCUCUGGGCAGGUCUCGGCUUGCCCACAGGAAGGAAGGUGCCUGCCAACCCAUCCUUGCCUCACCUCCUGGCCAGAGGGGCUCCCAUGUUUCCAUGGAAACGGCCACUUUCCUCUCUGACCCCUACCCAACAUCGAACAAAGCACAAACAGUGAGGUCCCCUCAUUGCCCUGGGGUGGGGGGAGCAGGCUGAGUUUGAGGGCCCCUCCCCCUCCCUAGCUGGCCCGUCUCCAUGGCAACCCGGUGCCUGGCAGUUGGUCUCAGAGCCACCAACCGUUGGGCUCUGGGGUUCUCUCAGUGUGGGCGGCAGCGGAGGGCGGUGACAGAGGGCAGGGCUGGGCUGUGGCUGCCUUUCUCAAGAGCGGGGGGUUUCUGCGGACAAGUUCCAGCGAGGAGCAAUUUUGGGGUCUUGAGCAGUCAGCAGGUUGGGGGGCUGAGAUAUGGUCCCUUCCCCUGUGUAGGAGGUGUGUGUGGGGGGGGUGAUUCUACAGGCGGCUUUGCCCACCUGCCGAUGUGCCCCCAGCGCCCUACCCACCUCGGGAUGGGGGAGCCUUCUGUGCUUCCCCACGUCCCUGCCGGGAUCCCCAGCUCCUGGCCUGUCACCCUCUUGGGCUUCUCCAGACAGGACUGAGACUGUGGGGUGAGGGUAGAUGCUGGGGUGGGACUGAGACCCGUACUGUGGGCAGGGGGCUCUGACCAGGAAAGCUAGUGCCAUCCCUGGGGGAGCCACCAGCCCCUAGUGCUGGAGUGGGGGUUGGAGGAGGGCUGGGGGUCUCCACUGAACACCUCUGUCACAUCAACUUGGGGUUUGGCUGAGCCCAGGGCUCGCUCUAGGGGUGACAUUUGCAAAGGAGGGACUGUUCUGGGGAGCAGAGGAGUCGGGCUGGCAUGGAUGUGCAGGCAGACCUCCCCCAACCCCCAGACUUGGCCCUCGACCCCUCCCCACACCCAGGUGGCAAAAUGGAGACAUGCAGGCUGGGAAGCCAGUGGCGUGAGAAGCAGACUCCCCGUUAUAUUUGCAUGAUGAUCUUACUGUAUUUUUCUGAGCAAACAUCUGUCGUGUAUGUGCCAGUCUGUCCAGUUUCCCCACCUCCCUCCCAAUUCCCCCUGUUGUGAUCUGAGCAGCUCUUGAAACCCAGGGAGGGGCCAGCUCUGCGAAAGACCCAAAACAGGUGCCACCAAAACACAGCCCCGACCCCCACCCACCUCCCGUCUUUCUGGGCAUCAGGCCCACAAGUGCCACCUCCCCACUCCCUUCAUCUCUGUGUACCUCACCCUUCCCUCCCUCCUCCAUGUCAGGGAGGUUGGCCAUAGGGAUGUGUGGAGAAGGCAGCCCUAUCUCCCUGUGGAGAGGGCCUGCGAGGUCCCUCACACCUGCUCUAGUCGUUCCCACUUUGCAGGUGAGGAGGUGCCCUGGCAGCCAGGGGGAUGGGGUCAGUCAUUGCUGGAUACAGGAGGCCGAGAGCUUGGGUUUCAUGGACAAUGGGGGUCUGAGGGAGGAGCAUGGGGAGAAUGAGGAGCUGCCAGUGGCCUGGCAUUGCCCCAGGAAGGUUCCCAGUGGCAGGAUGGGUGCUGUCUGCCCUUCUGCCAUCAUUCCUUCUUGGAGACCUAUAAAAUCUCAGGCCAGCUCACUUCAGGGGGCUUUAAAGUUAGGGCCCCAUUACAAUAGAGGAACCCUGACCCUCCGGGAGAUCAAGUGGCCCAGAAUGAUCAGAUCUCACCGUUCCCCGUGAGACAGAACAGGGCUCUAGACACAGGCCUCUACCCCCUUUCCCAGGCCCCAAGCCAGGCCACACCCCCAGCCGCCCAGGCCAGGCCUCUUUGGGAAGAGCCCCUUGCAUCUGUAUCCUUUUUGGGAUGAUUUCUCCUCUGAUAAGAAGUGAAAUACAAAAGACAAAAGAGCAUUUUCCCCUAGGAGCCCAUGAGGCCUGUGUUUGUAAGGGUAAUGUGUCCUGGCCAGGGCCUAGGCAGGCUGGAACGGUGGCACCUGGGGCAGAGGGAGAGGGGCCAGGGAGGGGUAUGGUCAGGGGCCCAAUGUGGGCAGUUGGGGGGAUCCAGCUGGGGAAGAUAUGGGUGCUGCUUCGUGGACCCCGCUUAGAGCUCAACUGAGGCCACAGCUAGGCUUGCCCGUUCCCGUGCAGCCUGCCCCCGGGGGUGGCACACUCUCCUGCAGGGCCUUGCAGGUGUGCCACCUUGCUGUUGGAGCUAAUGGCCUUCCAGAUGUCUGGCAGGCAGGAAGCUUAGUGUUAGUGGACAGCUCCUCCCUUCACAGGAAGGACCCCGAUUGGCUGCGCACCACAGUGCCCUCAGCAGGAGAGGGGAACCCCUGACUGAGGAGCACUGGGGACGAGGGGUGGCAGUGAGGCGACCCACUUGGGAAGGCCAGGCAUGGGGCAUUUCAGAGCGAUACCUCGGGAACAGCCCAGUAAAGAGUUUGGGGCUGGCCAGGGCCCCUGAUGUUGCCAACUGGAAGUCGCUUAUGCCCUAUUCUGGGAAAGUUGACACAAGGGGAAACAGGCAUAGGAGAGGAAUGGAAAGGAAAGCCCCAGCCUGGAGAAAACAGUCAGUGACAGCAAGGACCAGACAGGGACAGGCCCUUGCUUAGAAGGGCCUAAAUAAAGUGAAGGGACCGACAGGAAAUGUUUCCCAGUGGUGGGCACUGUGCAGGGAAUUAACAUGAGGGGAGGGGCUUGGGGGGUCUCUGGCCCCUCGGAGGAGGCAGCGGGCAGCUGAGUUCCUCAAGACACAAGGGGCUGGAAGAGGAGCCAGCAGCUGUGAGGAAGAGACAGGAGGGGAGUGGGUGGCUGGAGUGGCUGGCUGAGCACCCCUUCCUGCCACCACCACCAUGCCUGGCCUUUGCAGGGGUGUGGGAGGCUGGGUCAAGGAGUAGGGAGCCUGGGGUGGGCAUCCGAAGCCUCGCCUCCCCACUGCUGUCUGUCCUCUCUGGAAAAAUGGCUGCUCCUCAGGGGCCUGCACCCCAGGGCAGGGGCUUCUGGCCAGCUCACAGUCCUUUCUGACACGGCCCCUCCCUGACACUGUGGCUCGCACCUAAGACAGAGUCGGCAUUCCUACCACUUGCCUCCUCAUCCCCCUUAAAGGGGAAUCAGUCCUGCUCGCAGAAGGAAGAGGAAAAGGGGGUCCCGUGGGGCUGUCUGGGGAGGGCCUGGGCCUCCUCUUCCCUGCCCCUGGCCCUCUGCCAAGCAUGCACAGGCCUGGGGCAGGGGUUUGGGCCCAGCGGUGGUGGCUGUCCGUUCCUCUGGGUCCCUGUCCUCCUCAGGCGCCCCAGCCCCAAGCGUGCUGUGGCCUGGCACCUGCUUUGAGCCCCGCAGAGCUGGGCUCGAGGCCCUGAACUCUGAACCUGUGAGCCCCAGCUGUGUACGGACCCUCUCUCCCUCUGGGGGCCUUGAUCCCUCUCCUUUCCUUCAUUUAUGGGGGUAACUUCAUUUAUUUUCUCCUCCCUACAUCUGCCCCGCACCCCCAUUUCCUGUUUUAAACUGAAUGGCACGAAAUUGUUUUCCUCAACUCGGAGAUUCCUGUAUGGAGAGAAUCAAUUUCUAUAUUUGCAAUAAAUUUCUUAUUUAAAACAACAGGCCCAAGGUUUCUGUGGCGUGUUGUCCCUCUGUGUGGAUACUCGCGUCCCAUAGUUCCUGGUGCCCCAGUCCCGUGCUGUCUCUUCCCCCGGAGCUCUGCCCAAGGAACUAAGGAUGAGGCUGAUGGAUGGGGUCAUCCCUGCCUGCGGUCAAGGGGAAAAGAAGUGGAUCUGCCAACACAGGGCAGCCAGCAGGGAAUAUAGGGCAGCUGUGCAUCCC